ACUUCCUUAUAGUUGUCAUUUCAGUCGACAUUACAUUCUAGGGACCAAUUUACCCAUUUCCCCUGAAAAUGAAAUUGAUUCUAGGAUUAGUCGUAGUCCUUAAUCUAGCGGCAACAGUAAAACCAAGUCCACAGACGAGGUUUUUCUGCAUUCAUUCGUCUGAUACAAUCUAUAAAGAGACAACCACCAGUGAUAUGUCGAAGAAUCUCGAUUUCAAACUUGACUUUGCAUUUCUUGUCCACGGAUGGGGGUCGUUGUUUAACGUUUCAGAUGAAGGCGGCACUCCAUACAAGAUCGGUUUAGCUUGGGUAAAAGAGAAGAAAACCAAUUUCUGUGGGAUAGAUUGGAGAGAAUUGGCGUCUGAUGACUAUAUUAAUGCCGCUCUAAAGCAUGUACAAACUGUUGGUAAACAAUUCGCUGCGUUCAUGUUAUCCUUGUUAAAGAAGAGCGGUAAAACUGCGGAUUCAAUCUCAAUUGCUGGUCAUUCUUUGGGAGCCCACGUAUCUGGGCUGGCCGGACAGACCAUUUAUGAAUCCACCAAAACUAAAAUCUCAACCAUCUAUGGCCUCGACGCAGCCGCUCCGACCUUCUAUUUUAAAAUACCACUGAUAGCAAAAUCUAAUUUUAGUCUUAGUACAGACAAUGCAAAUUUUGUACAGGUUUUGCACACAACUUCAGCUCUAGGGACCAGUAAGAAUAUCGGGCAUGCCGAUUUCAUUGCGAAUGGUGGAAAUGUACAGGGCGCAUGUUUGGAUGAAGUUCUGAAAGCUGAAGACUUAUUAAUAAAAUGCAGUCAUUCCUUUGCUAAAGAUAUUUUCCUUGCGUCGUUUACACACUGGUGCACCGGUUACAUAGAAAAUAAAAAUGGAACGAUUUACUCGUGGUUCUUAGAAUUCUUUUCUAAUUCGAAAAGCAGUGAGAGUGAUGUAUACGGAAUUCAUAGUAAAAAAAAGUUCGGAAUAUUUGAACUGGAAACUUCCAAUUCCGAACCGUACUGUGAGGAGAAGUAAGUCGUGGUCACUUUUCUUAGCUCUCAAUUCUUUAAUAAACAAAAUUAA